AUGCAGCGAAUUCUUCGUGCUGGUCAUGCAGCAACCCAGGCAACAGCCAGUCAUUUUGCCACAACCUUACCUAUUAGGUAUCAUGAGUUUUCCAGCCCCAUUCCCUUGAUUGAAGUUUCCAAAUUAGGCGCGGCCUUUCAAACAUCUCACUUGAGAGCCGUACACGAUAGUCUGGAAACAAGAGGAGUACUACAAUUGCAGUUAGGAUUCGAGGAUGAGAAAAGCUCUUAUCUCCAAGAUCUAAUUCGCAAUCUCAAUAAGAACCACAACCAUGGCCUUCCAAUAACCCACAGCGCCGAGCGCGGGUGGUUCUGGGAUGUUAGGCCCUCUCCAGGCAGUGUUCAAAGUCAUGGACACCAAGCUCGCUCGGAGACGAUGUCUUGCUUUGACUGGCAUACGGAUUGCAGUUAUGAAAGUCAUCCGCCUCGUUAUUUUGCACUCCAAGUCCUUCAACCAGAUCGCUUCGGCGGUGGGACAUUGUCAUUAUUGGGUGUCGAUCGACUCCUCGCUUUACUCUCAUCCCACGCACGAACGUGGCUUACCAGCCCCAAUUACAUGGUCGCCGUUCCCCCUGAAUUUCAAAAAAAAAGCGAUGAGCAGUUUAUUGUAGGAAAUUUACUGCAUAUGAGACGUGAAGCAGGUGGUGGGAAUCAGCUACGUUUCCGGGAAGAUAUCACAACUCCGUUGACUCCGGAGGCUGCUGAGGCCUUGAAUGAACUGAAAGCAAUUUUGUAUGAUAAAGGAGCUCGGGAAUGGACCAUCAACUUGACCCCCGAAGAUCUCCCUAGGGGAUCAAUCAUUAUGAUGGAUAACCGGCGAUGGCUACAUUCACGAAAUGAGGUUAAAGACCCCAAUCGUCAUCUCCGGCGUGUCCGAUGGGAUGCGAGGCCAUUCGGAUCCUUCAAACGAUAA